AUGAGUACAACGAAUACAGUUUCACCCGUUACUCUUCAAGUUCAAACGAUUUUUGGUGUACGAUCAAAACUUGAAUCAAGUUUAUUUUUUGCUGAUGAACAUACAGUUAUUUAUCCAGCUGGAAAUCAAUUUGUUCUUGCUAAUGUUGAAACAAAAAGUCAACGAAUUUUUCGAUGUCAUGAAUUAGAACAUAUCGAAGCGAUGCUUGUACAUAGUGAUGCAGCUAUUAUUGCAGUUGUUGCUACUGCAACGCAUGGUGAUAAAGAAAGUACGACAGUUUCGUUUUAUGACUUACAUUCAACAAUUGGAAAGAAAAAACGAACAUUUACAAUACAUGAUGGACCAACAACAAUCACAUCCAUAGCUUUAUCACAUGAUGCUAAACAUUUCGCGGUUCUUGAAUGUGGAAAUCGUGAAUAUACACUUUCAAUUUGGCAAUGGCAAAAAUCACGUCUUUUAGCAUCCAUUAAAUUAGGUCAAGUUGAAGGUGUAACUGUUUUAUCACAAAUAUUAUUUGAUCCAUCAGAUCAUAAUUAUUUAUCGAUUAUUGGAAGACGAUAUUGUCGUUUUGCACGACAUACUGAAGGAAAUAUAAGAAUUCAACCAUCAUCCGCUAAACUUGAUCAAUAUGAUUUUAUUUCACAUGCAUGGUAUGAUCCAACUCGUUUAAUUGCUGGAACAAGUAAUGGUCAAGUCUGUGUUCUAUUUAAUGGUGAUGUUCAAAUAUUAAUUGAUGUUGUUGAAGGACGAGAAGGAGCAACAACAACACUUCCACGUACUUUAUCAACAAUGUCAUCAGCAACUAAAAGUGGUGCACGAUCAGCACUUCAUCAGCAUCAACAAGAACAUCUUGAUACAUCACGUCCAUCGGGUGAAGAAGUUACUUCAAUUAAUACUGUUAAUAAAGGUUUCUAUUGUCUUGUUGGAGGCAAACGAUUAGUUCAUUAUUCGAAAAUUGCGGAUAGUUGGGAUUUUGCUAAAACUCGUGAAUAUGUUGUACCUGCUAGUGAAGGUGGUACAGCUCGUUCAUUAGAUGACGAAUUAGCUCCUUCACAAACAUUAAAUGAUAAACAACAAAUGAAUAAUGAACAAGUCAUGUGGAAAGUUGCUGUUAGUCCAAAAGAAGAACAUACUUUAGUAUUAACAAGUAAACAACAAAUUUAUUCCGUAUCGGAUAUAGCAAAAGAUCAUUCAGCUGAAUCAGGAGAAGCUUUUGUAUUAGAACUAGUUUUUAAUUCUUAUCAUCAAUCAUCAAUACGUGGUUUAGAUAUUGGUGUACAUAAACCAUUAUUUGUUUCAUCAGGUGAAGAUCAUACUGUUCGUCUUUGGAACUAUGAAACAAAUGCACUUGAACAAAUGAGAUUAUAUACUGAACCUGUCUAUGCUAUAUCAAUACAUCCAAAUGCACUUCAAAUUGUUGUUGCUUUUGCUUCUCGAGUUUCACUUAUGAAUAUAUUAGUUGAUGGAUUUUCAACCGUGAAAGAAUUUGCUAUACGUGCAGCACAUCAAAUAAAAUUUAGUCAUGGUGGUCAACUUUUUGCAGUAAUUGAUUCUGAUAUAAUUCAAGUUAUUUCUCCACUUUAUCUUAAAGUUUUUCAUCGACUUAAUCAUGGACAAACUAUUAAAACUAUCGUAUGGAAACAAAAUGAUCUUGGUCUUUAUUCUCAAUCAUCAAAUUGCUUUAUUAUAUGGAAUUUAGAAACUCAAUCGAGAACAUAUGAAUUAAAAACAAAUUAUCGUCUUGAUGGUGGUCUUGCAAUUGAUAAAGAUGACAGAUUUGUUUAUAUAGCUUCAGAUGAUGGACUUAUUCGUGAAAUUCAAAAUGAAAAAAUCAAAUAUGAAGUAAAAUUACCGAAUGAUGAUAAACCAAGUUAUUUAGAAAUGUUUGAAAGUAAUGGAACAAUAUUAUGUGGUACACAUCGUGGUUCAAUUUAUGUGAUUAGAACUCCAUUUGGAAAUGCACCACAUGGAAUAUUUCAUUAUUUAGCUCAUUCAGCAAGAGUUACACAUAUUGUUGUUGCAUUUCAUGAAGAACUUGUUAUUAGUAGUUGUGAAGAUGGUGUUUUAAUGUUAUGGGGAACACAUAUCAAAUCAACAAAUAAAACUGAUAAAUGGACAUCGGUUGUACUUCAAAAUCAAAAGAGAUUUCUUAGUUUACCACAAAAAAUUCGAGAACUUCAAACUGAAGAAGAAGAACUCAAACGUGAUCAUGAAUAUCGUUUACAACAAAUGGAAACAACUUAUUUGGGUGAUUUACAACGUCGUACGGAUAUGUCUGAAAAUGAACGACGUCAUCAUGAAAAUCAAAUUGAUAUUCAAUUAAGUGAAAAAGAAAAAGAACAUCGAGAUUUUGAAACAAAACAUACUCAUAUGAGAGAAAAUUUUGACAGUGAAAAACACCGUAUCGAAAAAGAAGAUAGAGAACGUAUGGGUCGAGAAUUUCAUAAAGAAGAAGAAUUAAUUCAUUUAUCACAAAAAAUGAUGGAAGAUAAUGAAUUUCGUCUUAAAUCAACGGAAGAAGCAGGUGAUAAUGAAGUACGUGAUGUAAAAGAAUUUUAUCAAGGAAAAAUAAAAGAAACCGAAAAAGAAUUAGCUUCUUUAAAAAUAUUAAACAAAGAUAAUCUUAAAAAAUUCGAAAUUGAAAAACAAAAUAUUGAACAUGAUGUUGAAGAUGAACAAUUAAAACAUAAACUUGAAUAUGAAGAAGAAAAAAAACGUCUUCUUGAACAUAAUGCACAAUUAACAAAAACGUUUAAGGAAACACUCGAACAUCAAGUUCACGCUUUAGAGGCUAAAAAAACUGAACAAAAUACAACUGCUCAAACCUAUAAGAAAAAGAUCCAAGAACAUAACAAUCGUGUUCAAGGUAUGACACAAGAAAUUGCUGCAUUAAAAAAUGAAAUAACUGAACGAAAUCAUACUGUACAUGAUAAACUUGAUCGUAUUAAUGAUCUUGGAUUGAAAAAUCAAGAACUUGAAAAAUUUCAAUAUGUACUUAAUUAUAAAAUUGAUGAAUUAACACGUUUAAUAAAACCACGUGAAGAAGAAAUAGCACGUAUGCAAAAUCAAUUACUUAAGAUGACUAGUGAACGUGAGAAAAAAGAGAAUGAAUUAAGUCAAAAUCGUUUUGUUAAUGUUGGACAAAGACGAACAUUACAUGCGAUUGAAGAACAAAUUGAACGAGAACGUCGAAAGCGAAAAGAAUAUGAUUCUGCAAUGCGACGUAUAAAAAAUGAUAUUUUAACUGAAUUCUCUGAUGUUAGUGAUCCAAAACGAACGAAAGAUGCUGUUGGACAUUUAUAUCAAAAACAUGUUGAAAAUGAUAAUGCAAGAAGUAUUUAUACAUCAUCAGAUCCAAAUGAUGGUAUGUCUGAAGAAGCAAUAGCUCAAGAUCGUCAACGAAUGUUUCUUGAACGAACAACAGCAAAUUUAAAAACAAAAUUAAGUAGUGAUUUAAGCGCAACGAAAGCAAAUCGAAUGAGAAUUAUGAAUGAAAAUUCACUUUUAUUACAAGAAUUAAAUAAUUUACGUGAAGAAUUACGAAUUGUUCGAGGUAGACUUCAAGAUUAUGAAGUAGCAAGACAGACAUUUGGUGAACGGGGCGUGCAUAGUACAGAAGCUCUUAUACAAACACUUAAUGCUGAUGCAGGUAAUUAUGCUAUACGUCAUCGAGAUAAUGAACUUAUGAAAGAAAUACAUAACAAUCAACAAGAAAUUUUACGACUUCGACAACGACUUACACGAACUCAAGCAGGUUACAAAGCAUCCGAUCAAUUUUUAAUGGAUGUUGACGAAAAUGAUGAUACAGCGAAUGUUUCAAUUAUUAAACUUGCUUGA